UGCCCCCAUCAAGAUGACCGGGUGUGCCCGGGAGAAAGGGACAGCAUGAUGAUCUGAGAUGGUAAGGGAUGCUGCUCCAUUGCGGUCUUGGCCUUGGAACCUGGGAAUGAAGAGUAGAGACGGUCGGAAGCUAGGUCUAGCAUCGGACCAUGUGGAAGUUUCUGGGACUGGGGAACCAGAUGAUGGAGGGUGGGGCCCGUGGUGGGUAGAGGGAGCACUAGCGUCCUUUCCUAGGCUGACCCGUUCCCCUCCCUGUCAUCUGAACUAAUAUGGGGAACACAUUGGGCCUGUCACCGAUGGGGACUUUGCCCCGCCGGGGCCCCCGCCGAGAGGAACCUCUGCCCAACCCUGGGAGCUUCGAUGAGUUGCACCGGCUAUGCAAAGAUGUAUUCCCAGCACAGAUGGAGGGAGUGAAGCUUGUUGUCAACAAGGUUCUGAGCAGCCAUUUCCAGGUGGCUCACUCUGUGCACAUGAGUGCCCUGGGCUUGCCGGGCUAUCACCUCCAUGCGGCCUAUGCAGGGGACUGGCAGCUUAGCCCCACUGAGGUGUUCCCCACUGUGGUAGGGGAUAUGGACAGCAGCGGCAGCCUCAACGCCCAGGUCCUGCUCCUCUUGACAGAGCAGCUCCGAGCUAAGGCUGUCUUCCAGACACAGCAGGCCAAGUUCCUGACGUGGCAGUUUGAUGGAGAGUACCGGGGAGAUGACUACACAGCCACUCUGACUCUAGGAAAUCCUGACCUGAUUGGGGAAUCGGUGAUCAUGGUGGCUCACUUCCUACAGAGUCUCACUCACCGGCUGGUGCUGGGAGGAGAGCUAGUUUAUCACCGACGGCCAGGCGAAGAGGGGGCCAUCUUGACACUGGCUGGGAAGUAUUCAGCCGUACACUGGGUAGCUACAUUGAAUGUGGGAUCAGGCGGGGCCCAUGCAAGUUAUUACCACAGGGCAAAUGAACAGGUUCAGGUUGGAGUGGAGUUUGAGGCAAACACACGGCUACAAGACACAACCUUCUCCUUUGGUUACCACCUAACUCUGCCCCAGGCCAACAUGGUGUUUAGAGGCUUGGUGGAUAGUAACUGGUGUGUAGGUGCUGUGCUGGAGAAGAAGAUGCCCCCCCUCCCUGUCACCCUAGCCCUCGGAGCCUUCCUCAAUCACUGGCGCAACAGAUUCCAUUGUGGCUUCAGUAUCACUGUGGGCUGAGGUUGUCCCAGAACCAGUCCCCACAGCAGCUGGAACCUCUGAGUCAGAUGCCCUAGGGCCAGAGACUAGGCCUCUCUCCAGAGUCCACCUUCCUGGGUAACUUCUAGGUCCCAGGAGCAGAGUGGGGGACAGGACCAUGCCCUCCUCAGAACUAGAGCUACCACAGGGGCAGCCGAUAAGGCAGUGGUUUGAGGCUACCACCUCGGCCACCAGCCCCACUAUCAUCGUCCUCGUGCUCUCGUGGCUCUGGACUAAGGGAGAAGUAUUAAGGGGUAUGUCUGGCUGAAUUCCCCUUUCCCCCUCUGCUUCCUUCUUUGUUUCCCUUUUGAUUAAAGCUCCUAGCCCCUUCGUCUUUGGAGCAGAAAAGUCUGCAUGGGAUUAGUUCCCCAUCUGGUUUUGUACCCCAGAGCUUCCCAAGGCUGGGAAAGUAGGGCUGAAGGGCUAAACCUUUGGCCUCAGAAGGUGGAGCCCACCCAUUCCCAGAAGGAGCUUCUUUACCUCUCAACCCGUGAGGCUUCUUCCUUGCCCAUCUUCUGUGGUUCCAGAGAAAAACUUUGUCGCCAUGGUCACCCCCCGCUUUCCCCAUGAUGCAUGAAGAGGCAGUUAUUGCUUUAAUCUUUCAUUGUAGCCACAGGGCUGCUUUUCUACUGGUCACAAUCUGUGGUCCCAGUAUUUGCCCCUUUCCAGUCCAGUGUGUCCCAGGUGGGCUGGGGACGGUGGUGAGCCCAGGCCUCAGCUACAGAUCUCCUGGAGCAGUGGCAUCAUGGCAAACAGUCCCUGGAUAUGUUGGAUUUGAUACUCAUAUUCAUUCUUAAUGCUCCGGAGCUCAGCCAGCAGGCCCAGCAGCUUUGCAUACAGAAACCUUUGGAGGAAGUAGUGGGGUUACCAGGGAAAGUGGAGGGAAAUACAGCAGCUGGUGUCUUGUCCUGAGGCCCUGAUCCCCUGAACUGUGCCUCAGUGAAGCUAGGUCUGAACAUUAGAGAAAAUCAUGUUCUGGUAUGACACAUUAUCAAAGGUUCCAGAGGUCCCCAAGGGGGCCUCUGCCUGACAUUGUUUUUUCUCACCAUGCUUGGUUUUUCCUGAACCCAGAGCUCUGAAGGCCAAGUGUGAAGAAAGCCCCAGACUUGGCCAGAACUUCAACUGUGUAGAAUCUGAGGGUCUGACCUUCUAUAGCAGGUUCUCGAGGGUCAGUAUGUUCUAUGGUUUAAAGCAUCCCCUCUCUGGCCAAACUGGCUCAUUGAGGUAUGAGCAAGAACAGAAGUGGUAUGUACUUCAAAGCCUUGAUAGAUCACGGACUAUUGAACCAGGGACUGGUUUUGUCCAUGAAACUGUGAAUGACCAUAACUUCAAGGGAAAUGAAAAAUUAAAGGAAUUGGCCCAAUGGAGAGGAGAGGAAGGGCCAAGGAAAAAGAGCAAACAAGACUCUUAAAAGUCUGCUUUAAUCUGGAGAAGCUGGACUGGUGAGGUGAUGGAGGUCGUCAAUCUCAGGAAUGCUAUUAUACAGAGCCUGUGAGCUACUACUUUGCAUCUCUACUGAAUAA